GUAAUCUAACCGGAAAUGGCAUUUCUGCUCACUUUUUAACAGGCAUCUGGCGUCGAAGCAUUCCUAUUAAGCUAGCUGCUUUACCCUUGGCUGCCUCGUUUUGGGGGUUUAUCACCAGUUAAAUAGAACAUGGCUCUGAUAACGCCGUUACUUGCGUUCCUCUACCACCUUCCGCAAGUGUAUAAGUGGUUGCUGAAGCCCUACUACAUAGCCUCCAUCUUUAUGUCAGUAGUAUUUCUAGCUGUUCGCAAGACGCCUGGCAUCUGCGAUCAUCUGAACACACAGCGAGAGGACGGCAACUCUUGCGACUUUGACUGGAGGGAGGUGGAGAUCCUCAUGUUCCUCAGUGCCAUUGUCAUGAUGAAGAACAGGCGAGCAAUAACGGUGGAGCAGCAUGUGGGCAACAUCAUCCUGUUCAGCAAAGUGGCCAACGUCAUCCUGUUCUUCAGACUGGAUGUCAGGAUGGGACUGCUGUACCUUACCCUCUGCAUAGUGUUUCUGAUGACCUGUAAGCCUCCUCUUUACAUGGGACCAGAGUACAUCAAGUACUUCAGCGACAAAACCAUCGAUGAUGAGCUGGACAGAGACAGUCGGGUGACGUGGAUAGUUGAGUUUUUUGCCAACUGGUCUCCUGAGUGCCAGUCCUUUGCUUCUGUUUAUGCUGAUCUCUCCCUAAAGUAUAACUGUGCCGGUCUCAAGUUUGGUAAGGUGGACAUUGGUCGUUAUGGAGAGGUCUCCAAAAAGUACAAAGUGUCGGCGUCUCCGCUGUCCAAGCAGCUCCCGUCCCUGGUGUUGUUUCAGGGGGGGGUGGAGGUGAUGCGGCGCCCCCAGGUGGAUAAGAAGGGCAGAGCCGUAUCCUGGAGCUUCACAGAGGAGAACAUCAUCCGAGAGUUCAACCUGAACGAACUCUACCAGAAAUCCAAAAAGCUCAACAAGACCAAAGGAGACAAGGUCGGACAGUCCCAGUUCCCCCCAGUACCCGAGGAGGACGAGUCUGAGCAACAAGGAGCCGACGCAGAUGCUCUGGAACCCGAAUCCAAGAAGGACAAAUAAGUCUAUCACUGGUGGGUGGAUGCUGUGGGUCCAGGUCAAGUCCUCCUCCUCCAUCAUCUUCUCUCUCAAAAGAACAGGACUGGUGUUGCUGCGGAUCAUCGUGAGAAUAAGCCCAUUAGCCACUGUACUUCUGCCUGUCUAGCGCCAUCCAACUAUGCCCCAUACUUCCAAUCAGUUUGCCCUCAACGAGCAAAGAACAAGUGCACACUUCAGCAAAGGGGCAAUUUGGCUUAGGCCUGUGGAUGUGCUUUGGCUUCUUCCAGUCCACACCACACAUUUCAAAGCUGUGAAGUCUGAGUGACCGUCAGUAGAGUUCUUACUAAUUAACAGCAAGGGAGCAGUUAAUGUAAUGCUACUUUGCCUUUUUCAUUAGGUUUUAUUCAACUAGAGUAGUUUUUUAAAUUCCAUCUGCCCAGUCUUAACUUGGUAGAAUUUAUUUUCAGUGUAAAAAGAGAUGCUUGUUUAACAUGUUUUAGCCUCAUCGCGUGGACGGACUGAGCGCCUUGUGUCAUUCCCUUCUGUUGGUUUGCUUGUUGUUUCCGGUGUUCACCGUCUGUGGAUAAGAGAACAGAACGUGUACACCUUGUGUGGUCACCGCAGUCCCUUGGUAAUCCCAGGGGUUUUUCUUCCAUUCCACACAUUUUCUUUUUUCAAAGCACUUUCAGGUUUUAAACAUAUUUCUUUUCAUAUUUAAUUAAAGGUUAGGAGUCAUGUUUCAGGAGUUAGCCGUGCUCAAGCUUCAGCAUCUGCUGGCUCUGUUUCUCUAUGACCGGUCUGUUACUUAAAACAGUUUAAUGUUAAUGAUUUCAAAAUGGCCACACAGGUAACAGCGGUGACAGAAACUGAAAGACCAAAUAACUUCACUAUUCUCUUUGUGUCUUAAGAGGGCAUCGUACAAGACUUAAUGGCAUUAUUUCCAGGUACUAUUCCAUCAGCAUCUUGGUCCCCUUGCGCUUUUAAAUGUCUGCACACUUAUACUGUUUUAGAUUAGCUGUCUUGAUUUUAUUACUAAACUGUUUUCGUCAACCUUUUUGUGAUAGCAUUCCAAGGCUUGUGUGUACCUGUUGCUUUAUUGAACAGCAAAGUCUGCUGGCCUAUUCUUGUUACUCACGCAAUAAAACAUACACGACGGUU